GAACGACGGUCGGUAAAACCGCGCUGAAACUUUUGUUGUUAGCUGGAAAUGGAGGUAAAGCAGGACGGUCGGUGAGGAGAAGUGCUACACUGGGAGAUAAUUACAUUAUUGAAGGAGAAACCGUGUGUCCUGUUUUGGUCGAGCCGGUUUGGUGAAGCUAGAGAAAAGAAUAGGAGUGAACCCGAAUGGAAAAAAGACAAACGUGAAUGCGGUGGAAAGGACCUGAAUGACGACACACUCAUGCGGUGAUGAUCUUCUCUUCCAAUGAAGAAAAGGCCAUAAGUUUAGAUUUACAUCCAGACUGGACCUUAUGUAUUGAAGCCCUUGGAAAAAAAUGACCUGUUUAAUGCCAAACUAUUAAAGAUGCAUGUUUGACCUUAUUUCUACUACCCUGCUGGCCCUCCCCAUUAUUUCCUUAUAAAAACUGCAAGUUUGAAGCAUAGAUGGACCAACAACUCUGAAUUUAAGAACUGACCUUUAAGGAUACUGAAUGCACUCAACACCUGACAUGCCCCCUGUCUAAAAGUCUGAAUGCACUUGGAUGGGACACCAGCUCAGCAGCUUUCUAACUAGAGCAUCUGGGAAUGGCAAGAUGAGUGGGGUCAAACGAUGAUGAUGGCAAAAAAACAAGAUGCCCGGGCACCAAUCUACAACCUGGUUGCGGUAGGUUUGUCCGGGACUGAGAAGGAGAAAGGGCAGUGUGGUAUAGGAAAGUCCUGCCUGUGCAAUCGCUUCGUACGCCCCAGCGCUGAUGAGUUUUUUCUGGAGCACACAUCUGUUCUGAGCACUAGUGACUUUGGUGGUCGAGUGGUCAACAAUGACCACUUUUUGUUUUGGGGUGAGGCGACACGGGCAUGGGAGGAGGGACCCGAAUGUCGGAUGCAUGUGGUGGAGCAGACGGAGUUCAUCGAUGACCAAACGUUUCAGCCACAUCGGAGCACCGCACUACAGCCCUAUAUUAAACGGGCAGCGUCCACCAAGCUGGCAUCUGCAGAAAAGCUGAUGUAUUUUUGCACUGAUCAGCUGGGGCUAGAACAGGACUUUGAGCAAAAACAAAUGCCCGAAGGUAAGCUGCUUGUAGAUGGGUUUCUUCUUUGUGUAGAUGUAAGCAGGGGAAUGAACCGUAAUUUCGACGACCAAAUGAAGUUUGUGUCCAACUUGUACAACCAGUUAGCCAAGACUAAGAAACCAGUUGUGUUGGUAUUGACCAAGUGCGAUGAGGGUGUUGAGCGAUAUAUAAAGGACACUCACACCUUCGCCCUGGCCAAGAAGAAUUUGCAGGUCGUCGAGACCUCUGCACGCUCUAAUGUCAAUGUUGACCUUGCCUUCUUCACACUAGUGCAGCUAAUAGACAAAAGUCGAGGAAAACCCAAGAUCAUCCCUUACUAUGAAGCCCUUAAGCAGCAGAGUCAGCAGAUAGCAUCUGCUAAAGACCGCUAUGAAUGGCUGGUCAGUUGCAUUGUAAAUAACCACAACGAGACAUGGCCCAACAUCAACCGAAGAAUGCAAACGGCUCCUGAAUACAAAGAAUAUGUCUUCCUGGAGGGUACUAUCAAAGCCAAGAAAUUAUUUCAACAACAUGUCCACAGGCUUAAACAGGAACACAUAGAAAAACGUCGCAGAAUUUAUCUUGGCACGCUUCCACAGGCUCUGUGUACUUUGGUACCUAAUUUAGACGAGAUUGAUCACUUGAGCUGGUCAGGAGUCCAGAAAGUUCUGGAGACCAAGCGGGGGUUUUCGGCUUGGUUUGUCGUAUUAGAUGACACGCCAUGGGAAACCACUUCACAUAUUGAUAACAUGGAAGAUGAACGCAUUCCCCAGGAUCUUCUGGAAACGCCAACGGCAGAGGAUAUCUAUGAGAAGCAUUUAGAAGAGCUGCGAAAUGAUCGGAAACGAGCCGAGAUGCGUAAAGAAUUCAAAGAGAAACUAGUUGCGUCACCAUUUGUUACCCCCGGCAAACCCUGGGAGGAGGCCCGUAGCUUCAUCAUGAACGAGGAGUUUUAUCAGUGGCUGGAGGAGCCGGAGUAUCUUGAUCUGUACAACAAGCAUCAGAAGGAGAUUAUUGACCAAGCCAAAGAGGACUUCCAGGAGCUUCUGCUGGAGUACUCUGAGCUCUUCUAUGAGCUUGAGGUGGAUGCCAAGCCCAGUAAAGAAAAAAUGGGAGCCAUUCAAGAGGUACUCGGAGAGGAACCGAGGUUUAAGGCGCUCCAGAAACUUCAAGCAGAUAGGGAUGCUUUGGUGCUCAAGCAUAUUCAUUUUGUCUUCCACCCAACAAAGGACACCUGCCCCAAUAGUCCUUAUUGUGUGGACAGCAAAAUUGAACAGACCUUAGCCACUCGGUUUCCUACUCGUUAUACAUUUGAUGGCACCAUCAAGUCCCAGUUCAGAGAGGUGAAGGUAGAGAGGAUUAACCUUGUUAUCCUUGGAAAAGACGGACUCGCAAGGGAGUUGGCCAAUGAGAUCAGAGCAAUGUGCACUAGUGAUGACCGUUACACACUCGACGGAAGGACAUACGAGCUGGCUCUGCGGCCUAUAGAAGGCAAUGUACGUCUACCAGUUAACUCCUUUCACACACCCACUUUUAUCCCACAUGGAUGCCUCUGCCUCUACAACUCUAAAGAAUCCCUGUCCUACGUUGUUGAAAGCAUUGAAAAAACUCGGGAUUCAACAAUUGGUCGAAGAGAAAACAGCUUAACUCUGCUCCCCUUGUCACUCCUCUUGGUCACCAAGCGUGGAGUUGGAUCAAUUGGGGAUAUUGGAGGGGAAACGGCACAAAGUCUAAUAAUACAGGGUCAGCAAGUGGCUGGAAAACUGCAGUGUACUUAUUUGGACCCUGCCUCUCCAGGUGCAGGAUAUGCAAGGAAUCUCAAUGACAAGCAGCUCCAUCAAGUUCUUAAAAACCUUUUGGAUGUACAAAGGGCCUCUUGUAGCCUUCGGAGCAGCUCCCCUCCUUUACAGACCCCGCCAGCACGUUUCAGAGACUCUCACAAUCAGCAGGCUUCGGAGGCGGAUUUACAUGUCGUAAUGUGCCUCAUGUGUGGGGACGCUUACGACGUAGACCAACUCUUAUCACCAUUCUUACAAUCUCAACAUUGUAGGCCUUCCACUAACUUAUCCACUGGCACCUCUGUGAUGCUGAACCUUACUAUUGGUAGCCAAAAGCAAAACAUCGACCUUGCUAUACUGUCUUAUCAUUCAUCUUUUUCUUUACGAAAGAGCCGCUUAGUGCAUGGAUACAUUGCAGUAUACUCCGCUAAACGCAAAGCCUCCCUGGAAACACUUUGCGCCUUUCUUUGCGAGGUGCAGGACAUUAUUCCUGUGCAGCUGCUGGCAGUCGGGGAGAAUCAGGCAGAACUCCUAGAGUCUGAGCAAGUGCUCCAGGGAGAGGAUUUGGCCCAUGAAAUUGAGGGUCAUUUCAGCUCGAUUGUCUGUGGAUCAGGUGGUGUCGUGGGUGGCUUACAUCGAAUAGAUCUUUUCCAGCCUUUCUUGAAGGAAGUAUUAGAGAAAAGGACCAUCGUGGAGGCCACUCAUAUGUAUGACAAUGUGGCAGAGGCCUGCAGUACUAAUGAAAAUGUCCAUUCACCUCGCUGCGGUUCACCCAGCACCACACUGCCAGACUCCGAAGAUGACAUCGAACCCUCACCACCUUACCCCAACUUCAGAGAUCAUGGCACACAUGGUAGUAGCUUUAAGCUUCCAGAUCUGGACGGUAGCGAUACCUUCCUCACAGACAUCAGCACCUUUGACUGCAGACUUAAUAACAAAGUCCCGCCACAUGUGAGACCCAAGCCCACGGUUACCUUCGAUUUGCGCAAAAUGAGUCUUGGAUCCUCAUAUAUGGACCCAGCAAGUAACAGACGUUCAUUAACCACAGGCACGUGGGCACCAAGCAGCGAUAGUGGUUACGACCCUUCAGACUACGCUGAGCCGGUAGAUGCUGUAUCUAAGCCCCGCCUUGCAGAGGAAGAAAGCAUUUAUUCUGUCCCACACGAUAGUACACAGGGUAAAAUCAUCACCAUCCGCAACGCAAACAGGGCUCAUUCUAACGGUGGGGGCAAUGGCUCAGACAGUGAGGCAGACAGCAGCUCGCUAGAGCGCAAACGCAAAUUGUCGGGGGUUAAACCACAGCUGUAUCGGGAUCGCUCAAAACGAUUGGGCAAGUUUAGUAGCUUCCGUACAAGUUUCAUUGGCAGUGAUGAUGAACUCGGAGGCCCACCCAAAGCCAAAGAGGAUGUAGGAGUACCGAAAGGGGACAAUUCUGUCAACGAGGAGGACGAGGACCCGAAGAGGAACAAAAUCUUGAGGAGCCUACGCAGAACUGCCAAGAAAAGACCAAAGCCUCGGCAUCCCUUCCCCAAACCCCUGGAGAGCAACUACUUCGGUGUGCCAUUGGCCAACGUGGUCACACUCGAGCGUCCCAUUCCACUGUUCAUCGAGAAGUGCAUCCGUUACAUCGAAGCUACUGGUCUGAAUACCGAAGGCAUCUACAGAGUGAGUGGAAACAAGGCUGAGAUGGAGAGCUUGCAGCGACAGUUUGACCAAGACUCCAAUCUGGACCUGGUGGAAAAGGAUUUCUCAGUAAACACAGUAGCUGGAGCCAUGAAGAGCUUCUUUUCUGAGCUGCCAGAUCCAUUGGUGCCCUACAACAUGCAAGUGGAACUGGUGGAAGCUUUCAAGAUCAACGAUCGAGAGCAGCGGUUCUACACCAUGAAGGACGUGCUGCGCAGAUUCCCUCGAGAAAACUGUGACGUCUUCAAAUAUGUCAUCAGCCACCUUAACAAGGUGAGCCAGAACAGCCGUGUGAACCUGAUGACCAGCGAUAACCUGUCCAUCUGUUUCUGGCCCACGCUGAUGCGGCCCGACUUCACCACCAUGGAUGCGCUGACUGCUACACGCACCUACCAGACAAUCAUCGAGACCUUCAUCUACCAGUGUGCUUUCUUCUUCUACAAUCAGCCCCCGGCCGACACCCCCAGUGGAUUGCCUGGCCUUCCAGGGUCCCCCACUGCCACCCUGUCCUCCGCCUCGUCCAUGGGCAGUUCCGGCUAUUCGUCCUGCUAUACCCCUGCCCAGCAGGUAGCCACGCCUUUUAGUCCGGUCCAGCAGUCUCCACCACAGUCCCCUCCCCCGACUCCACAAUCACCUAUCCAGAGUCUGCUGCCUUCACUGCACCCACACCACGCACCUACGGAACAACACAUGCUGUGAAUACACACGGGAGAGAAGAACACAGGAAGUUAUGAAUCUGACGGAGGGAAUUGUGAAGGUCACGUUAACAGAGGUUACACCAGUGGAGAGAGAUUUUGUUGUUACAUGAACGCUUGAGGAGGUUUGCACGGCUGCAGGUGGGAAGAAAACGAAGAGGUAGAAAUGACGAGAAGGUCGAGCCACUUUAGUGACGCAUCAUCUCCUGUUUUAUAGAUCACUGCACUUUCUCCUCGACUUAUUAGGAUUCAAACCCGUAUGCACAUUGCUAUACACACAUUAAACCUGGAGAGAUUUAUCUCCUAAGGGUCAACACAGGGUGGUGGAGUGUGCAGCAAAACCUGCCCAUUUCUAAUACCCAGGAGGUGAAACAGACCAGAUGGGCAUGAGGUUGGGAGGAUUUUGAGACUAAACUCUGAGCUCAACUCCCUCCACAGCUGACUGACUCUCCACCCUACCUUACCUUACUGGCCUUAAAUACCCUGUCACCACCAAUAGGAAUCACACCGAGUAAGACAGGAAGCCAUGGCAUUCUUGAGAUUUUCCUUUUGUAGCUUUUAACCACUAUUGUUAUCAUGUUUUUAAAAAAGGGACCUAUUCUCGCCGUUCAAGACACAUCGAAGACACUCUGAAGUGCAUUCCUCUUCCUCAGUCGUGCUUGUUUGAAUAGCGACAAGCAUUCAAAGAGGAAGACACGCAAACAGCCCAAACGAGAACUCGCCAAACUGGAUCUGGUUUCAUUAGGAGUGGACGACGGUGAACUUUUUUUGCACAGCAUUUUGGGAUUUGAAGUCUUCUUGAGUAGAAGGCUUUUCAGCAUUGUCUCAACCCUCACACUCAGCCAGAAGCUCUUAAAACAUGCAAAUUUUUUCUGAAGGUAAAACAAGAGCGACAUGAUUGGAGUGUGGCUGUUAGUCUGAGUUUAUUUAGGCUCCGUGUGAGAACAGAUCCCUGUGAGGUUCCUAGGGAGAGAUAAUGAAUGCACUACACAGCCGCUAUGAACAGAAACCUUCAUGCUAAUGGGGUGCGCUUGCCUGAAUGUACACUUUCCGCUUCUGAUAGAUCACAUUGGUAUUUUGGCAGCUUUAAAAGUGGGUACAAAUAAUCGGCUCGGUGGCAGAAAGAGAUUAGAACAGAGUUUAGGUAGACAGUCAUUCUGGUUUGCUGUAGGUUAAAGAGAUAAUGGCUUUUUUAAAACAUGCUAAUCACUUUUUAUGGAUCUGUAAUGUACGUGUGAUUACCACAAACAGUCUGAGCAUAUUUCACAGUACUGAGAAGAGAAAGAGAAUAUUAUUAUUAAUUGUUAUUAAUUAUUAAAAGAUAAUUAUUAAAAACCCACUUCUGAUGGAAGUCUAAGGACAGUUCCACCCAAUAAUGAAUUCAUCCAUUUAUCAAAUAGGACAUUUUGCUAUAUUAACAUAAACAGUUUUUUGUUAAGUAUAAAUUUCUACAGUGUUAAAUUUACAGUGUUUAAUCACCUUUUUAUAAUUUUUCUUCUACUUAAGCUGUUGUCAGUUGAAAUAGCUGAACAUUGGCAUGCUUUUUUUCUUCCUAUUUCCCUCUAAGCUAUUUAAGCCAACUACAGACCCUUCGAACUACAGCUCAUGCAACACAUUUGCAUCAUCAGGCGAUGCUACCUGACACCUUUCGUACACAAAAGCUUAUACCCGCCCACUGCCUUUUUAUCUGUUUUUUUAAAAAUGCCAUUCCCUCCACAUAGAGCGCCGGGUUCAUUUUACUCUCUUGAACUCCAAAACACAGAUGGCUGGGGUAUUAUUAGGGUUUAAACGUAUUCCCCAAUUCCCUGAUGGUGUAUUGCAAAUGUGUAUUAAUGCUAUUCAGCUGCCCUUGGGCUUUCAUUAUAAGAACAGUAGAGUAUACAUGUAGCUUUUUCAACUUUUUAUGCAGCAGAGUUGCUUAGCUGGUGGGUUUUAUGCCACACCGCUCCAGUGACCCAGAUUCAAAUUCUACCUCUUGGUACUGUUUGUGUGUUAUUCCAGGUACUCUGUUUUCCUCCCACAUGCCAAAAAAGAUACUGGCAGGUGGAUUGGCUUCCUAAAUUGUCCUUUGGUGUAAAUGGAAGUAAAUGGGACAGGAUAUUACUGCAUUUUGGGCUUCAAAUCCACAGCAGUAGAUUCACGACUGCUGAAGAUGUUGCUAAAACAAAUGUUUCUGGGAAAUGUGUUGAAAGUUUGUUGGUGGUAAUUACACAUACUCUACAGAGGUGGUGGCCAGAAAUAAUGUUGAACAACACUAGUAUCACUACGCUGAAAGAGGUGCCAGUAGUUUAAAAAGACACGUCUAGUCACGACUCAAAGUAAACUCGCUUCAUUCUGCGGCAUUAUUCUGCUUUACAGACUUUUAAAACAAAUGUAAGAAUGAAAUGUUUGUAUUUAAAGAAGAGAGUUGGAGGAAGAACAAGAAAAGGCCUGGAUGAGUUAUGAGGCUUCAUAUCGGUCAUCAUGCAGUAUUUGUACUAGUUGGGAACACUACUGCCACCUGCUGUACCAAUCAGGUACUUCAGAAUGCAGCCUUUACUUUUGAAUCUACCUUAUCCACUACCUUACACCCCUCAAAAUCCGGGUAAUUACCAGCUUUACCAGUCAUGUCCUGCAUUUAUGUUUUCACUCGAUAAGUCAAUACACAUUAUAUGAUGUGUAAAAAAUUCCAUACAAAGUAUUUAGUGAAAUGUACUUUCAAUCAAUCAAACAAUUUCCACAUUUUUUCAGUUGAAAUUUUCAGUUGUUUUUAAAUGUACAUUUCUAUAUGUUGUCUCUUUUGCUGCCUCAGCAGGUUUUGGCAUGUAUUUCCCUGUUAAUGUAUCACCUUUUAUUCAUACAAUCCAUCUUGGUCAUUUUGCCAGAUCUAUACUAGAUCGUGACCCAGUACAUUUCUGCUCCAGGGUUUUGUUCUGGUUUGGGUUCUGGUUUGUGUGCACAUUUAACCCCCACCUGAACAAAAUCUUAAAAUAUAUAAAAGCAAAUACACAAUAAAUUCUGGUGGAAGUGCAUUUGUGAAAGGGAUUGUGUUCUGUUUGGUUUUCCUUCUUACAAAAGUGCUGAAUCCACUGUAAAGCCCGUCUCCUAUUCAUCCAGCUCAACAAAACAGAAACAUGAGUUGGAACUUGCCGUAUUUGAGGAAACUUUACCCUCGCUAACCUCUCAGCACUUCAUAAUCUUUAUGUUCUCAGGUUGCCACUUUAAGUGGAGAUAAUUGCUCAUUAACUACAAAUUAUUUGUUAUUGUUCUUGUCUGAGAAAAUCGUGAUGCUGAUUUACUAGUAGACUGUUUUGGAAUCAAAAAGAGAUUUGAGGACUUGAAAAGGAGGCGGUUUUGUUGAUGCUACAGACAAAGUAAAAUUUCCUAGUGAAUGUCUGAAGCACAGCCGAACUGCCCCACCUUUGCCCUGCCAAUCACAUUAAGUCUCAUUUAGCAUCUGAUUGGCUGUUUGAAAUCUCACCACCGUUUCUGCCCACAGAUCUCUUUCAGCCUUUAUCAGCUUUUCUUUGUACCUUGUCUCACUACACUGCAAUGUUUUUUUCUUUCCUUUAGUCAUUCUUGUCUUUUGAAUUGGUAUAUUUUGGAGAAAAUGAAAACAGGGAGAGGAGACCGGUGCUCUCCUGGUACUUUACAACUGAUUGCUGACGUGCUGCACUCUCAGUAUAAAUGCCAAUUUUUAGCUAAUCCUCAGCAGCCAAAGACUCUGUCGAAAAGGAGUGUGUUAUGGGAGCAGGGCAAAAAAUGGGAAUUAAAAUGUGACAUUGUUUCAGCGAUCAUACAAUACGUAGCUGCAUUUUUUUUGUUUAAUUUUUCUUUUUUUUCAUAACAGUGGUGACCAAUUGUUAAGUUAAAUAAGAAGCAAGUAAAACUAUAUUCAAAAUGGUUGUUUAUUUGUAUGUUAGGGGGUCUAACACUUUGCCCUAUAGUCAAUGGUGAUAGAAAAAAAGUUUCUUUUAUGUUUUAUUUUAAUAAUUAAAAAAAGACAAAUGUUUUUAACAAUUUGAAUGGUGUAAAAUGGUGUGAAUGGUGUAAAGGCCAUAUGAUGUAGUGCAUGAUUCAACCCCAUGUCUGGAAGCUGGGGCCACUCUGUAUUUAAGAAAAAAAAUGAGUUCACAAAAAAAGAAAAAAAAAUGUAAUGAAGUAAACUGAAAAGAAACAUCAUUAAAAACCAUGUCAUUAUUUACUAUGGUCAUUUGUCUCAAUGGGAAUGGUGUACAAACAGUAAGGCCUUAUGUGACCUGUAUUAUAGUUAAUAAAUCGAACUUGUAAUAUGU